AUGCUCUCAGGUACAUUUGGUCGCACCGGUGGUCUCAAGAUUCCAAGAUAUAUCGCACAGAAUGACCUUACAAAGGCAGUUUGGAAUAUAAACCUGUCUACCUCUGCAAGGCUCAGAAGCAGUAGUGCCCUGGAGUCCGAGUACCUCCACAAAAGCAUUCUUCCCACUGACGCCUUUCAAGCCAGCCUGAUUCGCCUCCCAAUCCCUGCACUAGAGAAAACAUGUCAGCGCUACCUCAACUCACAGGAGGCUGUACUGGAUCCAGCAGCAUUUCAGCGAACCUCAGAGAUUGUGAAAAGAUUUCAGGAGGUCGAGGGGAAAGGUCUUCAUGAAAAGUUAGUUGCCAAAGACAAAGCCCAUAAACACACAAGUUAUAUAUCAGAGCCUUGGUUUGACAUGUACCUGAAGGCCAGAGUCCCCAUAGUCCUGAACUUUAACCCCUUCAUGACCUUCAAUGAUGACCCCAAGGAGGGCUACAAUCAACAGUUGAUCAGAUCCACAAACAUGAUUGUGGCCUCCAUGAUGUUUAUGAAGACGCUGAGAGCUGGUUAUCUAGACCCAGAUGUUUACCACCUUAAUCCUAAGAAAAGUGAUACUGAGAGUUUUAGGAAAAUUAUGAAGUAUAUUCCCAAUAAGUUCAGAUGGUAUGGAGCCUAUGCCUAUAAAGCUUUUCCCUUGGACAUGAGUCAAUAUCCAAGACUCUUUAACUCUACAAGGAUUCCCAGAAUAGGCAAAGAUGAACUUUUCACAGACACCUCAGCCAGACACUUACUAGUCAUGAGGAAUGGCCACAUGUACACAUUUGAUGUCUUGGACAAAAAUGGUAUGAUAGUGUCACCCACAGAGAUCAUGUCACACCUGCAGUACAUCCUCAGUGACACCCGCCCCCCACCAGACUACCCCCUGGGGUAUCUCACAGCAGAGAACAGGGACACUUGGGCUGUGGUCAGGGACAAGUUGCUAGAUGCAGGUAACACAGAACAGCUGAAAAUGGUGGACAGUGCUGUGUUUGCCUUGAUUCUAGAUGAUGACAUUCCAAAGGACCCCAUUGAAGUCUCUAGAUUGCAUCUACAUGGGAAUGGGGCCAAUAGGUGGUUUGAUAAAUCCUUCUCACUAAUAAUGACAAAGGACGGUAAAACUUGUGUCAAUUUUGAGCAUGCCUGGGGCGACGGUGUUGCUGUGUUAAGAUAUUUUAAUGAAGUAUUUAAACUGACGACAGAGAAACCAUUUGUUCAUCCCGACACACAGCCAGCUAAUGUGGAUUCUGCGGCAGCAGUGAAAAAGAUAGAAUUCCACUUAGGCGAUAACUUAAAGCAAGCGAUCAGUGAGGCUAAGAGCCGAUUUGACCACCUGGUCAACUCACUGGACCUUGGAUUCACCACCACGGAGAAAUUUGGGAAGAAUUUAAUCAAGGAGAAGAAGCUCAGCCCUGAUGCUAUCAUGCAGCUCUCAUUUCAGAUGGCCUUCUACAAGCAAUACGGCAAGACAGUACCAACAUACGAGUCAUGCAGCACAGCCGCGUUUAAGCACGGGCGUACGGAGACGAUACGGUCAGCCACCAUGGCAACAAAGAAGACUUGUGAGAUGUUUGAGAAGACUGGCAACAGGCCCAGUGUCAGCGAGCUGCAGGGAAUGCUGAAGGCGUGUUCAGACAAGCACGGACAACUGACCAAGGAGGCAGCCAUGGGCGAGGGUUUUGACAGACAUCUCUUUGGGCUGAAACACAUAGCAGAAACAGAAGGCAUGCCCCUCCCAGAACUGUACACAGACCCUGCCUACUCCUACAUCAACCACAUCAUUCUGUCCACCUCCACACUGAGCAGCCCAGCUGUGCUACUGGGGGGAUUUGCUCCCGUUGUACCUGAUGGGUUUGGAGUGGGGUAUGGUGUCCAGGAUGAUUCACUGGGAUGUAAUGUGACUUCUUAUCCUCCCGCGAGAGACGUACAAGAGUUUCUACGGUGUGUUAAACAAAGUUUUGAUGACAUAUACGAAGUUCUAAAUGACAGAGACCCAAAGAAAUGAGCUAACAAAACUUAGAACUUAUUGGCAAACUUAUCAAAAAACAAAAUUUUUUAUUAGAUUGCAAAAGGUCGAAAUGAGUCCAAAGGAACUCAGUUAUAAAGAAGAUUGUCACUGGUUGUACCAGAGGUGGAUUUGUCCGUGUUUAUAAGAAAGAUAUUACUAUAGAUUCAACAAUGUUAAUGUACACUGUAUUACUAACCUGUUACACACAGUUCGGUUUUCAUACCUAGAACUUCAGGUCCAAUGUCUGCCAGCUUCUUUAUUAUCAAAUCUCCAUACUUACCUGCCUAUUGGACUCUUACUGUCAGC